AUGGCGCCCGCACCGCGUGGGCGAGGCGCGCGCGCGCCUCGCCCCGCGCCUGACGAUGACGACGCGCGCGUGGACGCGGUGGACGAUCUGUGCGCGACGGGCGCGGGCGUCAACGAACGCGAAAAAGUCACGACGCAGAAGUUUGUUCAACAGCUCGUCGGCGCCUCCGCGGGCGUGCUCCUGGCCGAGGACGUCGAAAAGCGGUGCGCACGCGGCGCGCAGGCGCAGGCGGUGAAUGACGAGCACAGCGACACGGAGAGCGAGUCCUCGGAGGGCGAACGAGACGAACGGUGCGCGAUGCAGCCGCUGCACCUGCCGCCCGCGACGGUGGACGAAGUGAUGAGCGCGAUGCGCAGAGCAGAGGCGAUGAACGCCGCGAACGUGGGAACCGCGGAGAAGUCUUUCGUGAUGAAUGAACAGCAGGCGUACGUGAGUGCGUCGCUGACGACGUCGCGACGAGCAGGGACCGUAUUGUUGACGCCGCCAGAGUUGGGGACUCGAUGCCAGAGGUGCGACGAUGUCGCGGCGGAGCCUAUGAAGAACGCGGAGGGACGAUUGUUUUGCGGACCGUGUGGACGAUGGAAAGAGGGUUCUGAUCGAGCGGCGUUAUUUGGUGUCGAUGUUCAGACACAGAUGAAGAUCGAUGACAUGGCAGUGAUGUGUUGUCACUCAGUGGUGGCGCACGUCAAUGGAAGAAACGGCGUGGCGCUGGACUGGAAGAUCGUCUCAGACGGGUGUCGGGAGGUGCAUAGAUUAGCUCAGAUUCGAUCGCACGAGGAGACGUGUGCACGGGCGCUCGUGCGUUGCGGAUUACCAACACAGAGCUCGAACAGGGCGGAGAAAUGUCAUGACGUGUUUCCUCGCGGAGCGGUGGAGGCGCACAGAGCAAAGUGUCAUUUCCGGAUUCAGAACUGCAAUGAUUGCGGGUGCGGCAUUCAGGUAAGGAAGUUUCGUGCGCAUUCUCUCGUCUGCGGAGCCAUCGAAGUGUUCUGCCCGUACAGACGGUGCAAGUGGCGAGGCAAGAGGGGUAUGGUGGAUGCACACGUGGCGACAGAGUGCCUGGCGCACCCAGUGAUGUGCCGUUUAGAGGAUUCCGAAACUCGAGAUAUCUGCAUGGAAAUCGUCCCUCGUGAGAGAAUUGGCGAACAUAAGAUCUCGUGUCAGUACCAAAUGCGUCCGUGCGAGUACUGCGGUCAUGAGGUGAGCCUACGACGAAUGGGGGCGCACAAAUUGAAGUGCGAAAGCAGAGAUUUUCAAUGCCAUCGAUGUGGGCGCGUGAUGCCAAACGAACACCGCGAUUUACACGUGCGAGAACAAUGUCCAAUGUCCGAAGCCAAUUGCGAGCAUAAUAGAUUCGGGUGCGAAGCGAAGGUGUCGAAGGAAGCGUACCGCCAACACGCCAUCGACUAUCUCGAUGCUCACAUCCGCCAGGUAACUUUCGGUCCCGAUGGCGUUGUUCAUUUCGUAGAAACGCCGGGUAAGGACGAGGUUAAUGCGCUGGCUCUACUUAGACGCAUGCAAACACAUAGAAUCGAGAUGAUGGACGAUUUCUCGAAGUUUGAUGAGCUGUGCGCUAGUUUAGUGACGAAGAUUGCGACUCGAGCUGCUGUUGCGAUGGCGUCGACACCGUCGACAAUCGAGGUUAUGUCGGUCGUGGAGGAGUUUAGGAGUCGUUCGAACUCUGCACGUCGAGUCGCAGAAUUUAAUCUUCUCGAAAAAAGUGCCUUUGACAGAGAUGAGGUUUAUCACGACCUACUCGUCUCUCGAAAUCUUGCUGGGGCGCACAUGCUCGAGGAGCUUCGCGAUUUGGAUGAGAGAACUUCUUCUCUCCAUCAAAAAAUCGAAAUGCUCUACGUUUCACUAGAGUCAAGACGUGAUGACGCCGUAAAUCGGCUUGACAACCAUCUCGAUGACAUGUCUCCCGCUUCGACUUUUGUCGCAGACGCCAAAUUGCGAGUGCACGAAUUUGUGAAAGCAAAACGUGAGGAUCGUCGGCGCCUCGACGCGAAAGUCUUGGAUGCAAAGUCUGCAGUUGCCAACGUCAAGAACAUAAUCAUUGACAACGCUGCGCACAGAAAGCGCACAGGAGAAAAAUUAGAGCGAGAUAUUUUGGCGUCAUUGAGCGCAAGAGACUUGUGA